GCAGCUGGGCGCGGAGCUGCCUGCAACACCUCUCCCCUCUCUGAAAACUUCAACCAACAAUCGAGGUUCAGUCUGCUUUUCUUUUAAUUGUGUGUGUAUAGACAGCGUAUUGGAGUUUUGUUUGAUGGCUGUGCACUAUCAGAAACUGGCUUUGGUGGAGAAGAGAAGGCAGUUUGGCUGGAGUGUAUGUGGACGAAAUGAAGUUUUUGGAGGGUUUCUGGUCGUUGGACUUCUGGUGCACCUGGGCCCCGCAGGUUGUUGCAAUGAAUUCUUGUGAUCUUUUUGAACGCCUGGUGUGAUUUUCUUUAAAGCGCACAGAGCCACAGCCUCCCCAUUAUGGAAAACCUCACCAUGAAUAACGUGACUGUGGAGAAUGACACGUCGGUGCAGGGCAAUCAAACCCUGGGUGUUUGGACUGACUACACAGUUGAAUACAAAGUGGUCAGCGUGCUUUUGGUGUCCCUUAUAUGCGGGUUGGGGAUUGUGGGGAAUGUGAUGGUGAUACUGGUGGUUCUGACCACCAAACACAUGCGGACUCCCACUAACUGUUACCUGGUGAGUCUGGCUGCGGCUGACCUGAUGGUCCUGACUGCCGCCGGGCUGCCCAACAUCACCGACGCACUGCACGGACAGUGGGUGUACGGUUACGCGGGCUGCCUGGGGAUCACUUAUUUUCAGUAUCUGGGGAUAAACGCGUCCUCCUGCUCCAUCACCGCCUUCACCGUGGAGCGCUACAUCGCCAUCUGCCACCCCAUCAAAGCGCAAUUCCUGUGCACUUUAUCCAGGGCGAAGAAAAUCAUCAUGCUGGUGUGGGCGCUCACCUCCGUCUACUGCGUCAUGUGGCUCUUUCUGUCAGACACGCAAAAGUUGGUGUAUAACAACGUGGUGCUGCUAAGCUGCGCCUACAAGGUGUCCAGGAGUUACUACCUGCCCAUUUACUUCACAGAUUUCGCGGUGUUUUACGUGCUGCCUCUCAUGCUGGCCACAGUUCUGUACGGACUGAUCGCCCGGAUACUUUUCCUGAACCCGCUGCCUUCAGACCCAAAGGACAGCACCAAAAAGUGGAAGAAGGAGGCGAGUCAGGGAGGGAGGAUGUUCAGCACCUGCUCCUCCAGCAGCACCACGGCUGCCUCCCGCAGACAGGUGACAAAGAUGCUGGCUGUGGUGGUGAUCCUCUUCGCCUUACUUUGGAUGCCCUACCGGACCUUAGUGGUGGUCAACUCCUUCCUGGACAAGCCCUACCUGGACACCUGGUUCCUGCUCUUCUGCCGUCUCUGCAUCUACCUAAACAGCGCCAUCAACCCAGUCAUCUACAACGCCAUGUCCCAGAAGUUCCGCGCUGCUUUUAAGAAAUUGUGUCACUGCGGCCCUCAGCGUAUGGAGAAACCAGCUUCUUACAGUGUGGCGCUAACCUACAGUGUCAUCAAGGAGACGUCCAAUGGGGAAAGUCCCGACCACUUCACUACAGAAAUGGAUGAACUAAACACGCCGACAGAUCAGUAUCUACCCGCCAGCAUCCUGCCAAGUGCCAAGAAGAUGCCGUUCGCAGAGCCUUGUCUGUCAGGGAGUGAUGUCAAAGCCUGACUAUAAAAUACUUUCCACCUAAAGAGGAUAGCAGAGACUCUGACAGCUGCAGUAUGGAUUCAGUCACCCAUGGGAAAUUUUAGAGAAGUUUUAAUGAAAAGUACCCUCACAUCUCUAAUUUAAUUUCACCAAGGUAUUUUCUCUUAAAAAUGUUUAUUUUAUUUGACACGACAAGUUGCCAAAGGCCAAAUAGGAUGAGCUGACUUUUAGCAUUUUAUACUAAAUAAGUGCAGGGAGCCUUCAUGAAUCUUGCAGAAACACAGUUUAUUGACACAUUGACACAGCAAAUUGAAACUGAAUUGAUAUACAGUACAACUAUAUGUAACCCUUAAU